GAUCAUGUUUCAAGUAAGACUUCCUGGAGUAGAGAAACCCAACGUGGGUGAGGGGUGGGUUAUGAGUCUGCUAAAGGUUAUUUGUUCGACUUUUCCAGCGAGCUUUAUUGAAGCAGCGGUGAAAGGACCGCAGAGCGUGCUGAACUACAAGAACAUUUCUGGGAGACACGUGGUUUACUGCAGGAGGUACAACAACCAGACGGCGAUGGCAGAAGAGGCUAAGAAACUGGCAGGGUACGCCGCUGUGGACAAUCAUGUUCAGGAUAACCAGGCUGUAGGGGUCGGGAGUGGUUCCACCAUAGUCUAUGCUGUGGACAGGCUUGCGGAAAGAGUUAAACAGGAGAACCUGAACAUUGUGUGUGUCCCCACAUCAUUUCAGGCUCGUCAGCUGAUUCUAGAGCAUGGAUUAACCCUUAGUGACCUGGACAGGCACCCUGAGCUUGACGUGGCUAUCGACGGGGCAGAUGAGGUGGACUCAGAGCUGAACCUCAUCAAGGGUGGUGGGGGCUGCUUGACUCAGGAAAAGAUUGUAGCCGGAUGUGCCAAACGUUUCAUUGUGAUUGCUGACUACAGAAAGGAUUCCAAAGCCCUAGGGGAGCAGUGGAAGAAAGGGGUCCCAAUUGAAGUGAUUCCGAUGGCCUACGUCCCUGUUACGCGGACGAUAGCCCGCAGGUUUGGAGGAGUGGUUGUGCUCAGGAUGGCUGUCAGUAAAGCUGGUCCAGUGGUGACUGAUAACGGUAACUUCAUAUUGGACUGGAAGUUUGAUCAAGUCCAUGACUGGAAAUCGGUGAACACAGCCAUAAAGAUGAUCCCAGGGGUGGUGGAGACUGGGCUGUUUGUCGAGAUGGCGGAGAGAGUUUAUUUUGGAAUGGAAGACGGGACUGUGGGCGUACGUGACAAACCUCAGCACUGAAGCCUUCUCAGCCUUAACGAGCACUAACCUCAAGUGCCACAAACUGCUCCGUUUAGAACCAACUCUAUUCAGGUCUGGUUACAGCAGCCUACAACCAGUGCAGGAACAAUUGCCUUUUUUUUUGCUCCACUCCAUUUUUGGGGGCGUUGGUAUUUUACAAUGUAAAGUGGCCUUUCAUGCAUAUUUAUCAGAGAGUACUAAAUAUAUAGUUUGAGAGCCUACAUGUUUACUGGACAAGAACUGUUAAAUUUGUUGUUUCUGUGAUCACAGUACUUGGGGCGUGACCCUGGUAGCCAAUGUAAACCUGGUACAGUCCCAUAGAGGCUCUAGUGACAAGGCUAAGUCAUCUGCAGCUAAACUCAAGAAAAGCAUACAUUCCCACCUCCUUGUCUCUAGUUUUGCUGCUGGGAUCAUUACGCACUUUGUUGGAAAGGAUCUUGUGGUGUUCUCAUGUAAAAUGUGAAAAUUGAGAAACACUAAAAAACAUGGGGGCAGUCCACAAAGCUUUUUACUCCAGUGCCAGUAGGAAUGUUACUAAACGAGAAAUAAACCCUUAAGAAUACCUAAGAGCCUCUUACGGCGGCUCGUUGAGGCCAUCUCAGGAUCUCGAGAAAACGGAAGUGAUUUCUUCUGUUUUCCUGAUGUAAUGACUUCCGUUUUCUCGAGAUUAAUUAUCACGUGAUCUCGACAUCUUUAUAGUUCUCUGAUGGCCUCAAUGAGCUGCCAAAGCCUCUGAAUUUUAUUCAUGAGAUCUUUAUUUCAAGUGUAAUAACACCAAAAGAAAUAGCCCUGAUUUCCUCUGCAGGCAAUACCUUUGGGAAUCCUCUGCCAUGGUUUACUGUUUUGGCCAAGCAAUGUCCAGAUUGUUUCCAGUUUCACUUGUACCUUCACAUAUUUCAAUGGAAACUGUCUUGCCACAAGAAUCAGUUUUGUGGAAGCACUUUCCUCAUUUUCUUAUUGUGUUCAGAUUAUGGGACUCCAUCUAGUUUUCUGUGUGCAGCAAUAUUGAGCAUGAGUGACUCAGAUGGGACCCUGUUACCUGUAACACAGGAUAUGAAAGCAUUGCCUGAGCCAAAGUGAAAAGCGUUCAUGUGGUGCCUGUGGUGUUACUCCUGUAAUGAGUGUGUAUAUCCUGUUGGUAUGUAGGCUCAGUAAUGUUACACUUUAGUUUGCCUCUUGUGAAGGAUAAUGAUUGUGCUUCCUGGGUGUUCAGGCCUGUGAACCCCAAACCAAAGCCGUCUGUUCAAACCUCUCAAGCUGGGUUUCAUUGAACACAUGCACAAAAUGCUCUAAUGAAGUGUACUGGUCCCUGUUACUAUAUUCUAGCCAAUUGAUGCCUUAACAGAACCUUCUAAAGCUGUGACUUCCUUGAAUUGACUUUUUACCAAGGAAUUAGAUAUACAAUUAGUGUAUUCAUAUUAUAAUACAACUUCAACUUCUAUUGAAUUAUAACCCCUCAGUUACGCCUUGCCACCCUUAACUUAACUAAAGUUUACAGGGUGUCAGAAGUCUGGAACCCCCAGCAAGGUUCUGGUUCUAAUUCAGAAGGCUUAGAGUGAUGGGAGGGAGUCCCCAAGCCACAGGCUUCUGAAAACCCUUGUAAUUUAGCUUGUUUGUGUCUGACCAGUAGUCAUGUUUCAUAUAUAGCCUGAAAAACUGUCUUCAAUGGUGCUCAGUAGCACUGUAGGUUUUAUUAGAUUUCUGUUGACUUUGCACUAUUAAAAUGAAUACAGACGUAUCAAUUUUUACAAGGUCAAUUUUUUUUUUUUAUAAUUACUAUUUACAGAUUUUUGUUUUUACAAUAAAGGAUCAAGCACUAUGCAACUGGUACAGACUUUAAUAAAAAAAAAAUAAAAAAAACAACACUAUCCA